AAUGCUUUGACAGCUAUUGGCAUCUCUACAGUUGACCCACUGCAUUCAAUUGUUGGCUUUGUAAGCCCUAUAUAAAGACGGACCAAAGGUAGACUCUUCCAUGGCCCUGCCUGCCAUAGCUGUGAUCGGAGACCAGAGCUCAGGGAAGAGCUCCGUGUUGGAGGCGCUGUCUGGAGUAGCUCUCCCUAUUGAGGCAGCGCUUUACAUCCCCAACAGCCCACCUUCUGAUGAGCGUCUGUUGCGUCGACCAGCCAUAAAACCCAGGAUGAGUUGGCAGGAGAGGGCGUUGGGAUCAGCAGCUCUGAUCCAUCUGGAGAUCAUGUCUCCUGAUGUGUGUGAUCUCACUCUCAUUGACUUGCUGGGGAUCACCAGAGUUCCAGUGCCUGAACAACCAGACGACAUCUCAGACCAGAUUGUGGUCCAGCGGCUGGCGGACCAGGUCCCCAUGCUGAUCCAACACUUCCUGCUGCAGGAGUCCAAGUGCAUGCUCUGCCUCAAGGUGCAGGAACUCAUGGAAGUGACCAACAACUGGACAAUUAUCUGAAGAAGAGCACAGAGACCAGUCGCCGCCGCAAGAAGCUGCAAAACCGCCAGCAUCGCCUCGCCACCGCUUGCCCCGAGCAACGCUGUUGUAGCAGACAGCUCACUGCGCCGGGAUUAGUGUGUGCUUCACCUCACUGUGUGUGUACUGUGUGCUGAGUGUGUU